AUGGCUAGUAGUUGGCGCGCCGCGGUUGUGCUGCCCUACUUGAUACCGCUUGCCCUAUGUCAAUAUACUCCACUACCUAGAUGGGCACAGGCGGUGGCUUUAUUGGAAAAUCUUCUAUACGUUCACGGAGGUCUGACAGAUCAGUAUGAUCAAUACUCGUACACAUCUGCACCGCCCACAUCAGAACUAUUGCUACUUGACCUUUCCAUAUCCUUCAGCGCCACUUCCCCGCCGUGGCAACUGCUCUCAAAUACAACAACCACGAGCUCUUCUCCCACUUUAGGAUGGCACACCCUCUCCGCAUUCAACACUACUUCAUUCCUGCUUUUUGGAGGUCAACCAGGACCGAAUUCACAAACAGUCCUUACUUCCCUCAAUGAUUCUGCCACGCUUGUUUCCGCUUACGACCGCACGGACCCGUCAUUUUUCAUUGAGCCUCAGAACUGGGCUGGUGAACCAAUGAGGAGGAUCCGUCAUUCAGCAUCGUCAACUGGCGGCAAGAUCUGGAUUGUUGGCGGUGAGAAGGCCGAUGGAUCCGGAAAUGCUUUCUCUGAUCACUACCUCUUCAACCCUAUUUUACAAGAGUUCGUGGAGCUUCCAUCUGGUGGUAAUGCCCCGCCUGACAUUUAUGGACAUGCAUCGCUCAUUCUCCCUGACGGACGACUCCUUGUCUUAGGUGGAUAUUGUGCAUCAUGCGGGGGGCUUAUACCCCUGAAUACCAUCUGGUCUCUUGACACAACACAGGCAACCCUCGCAUGGGAUACGAUAUCCCUCUCGAAUUCCACCAUGCCAAAUCCACGCCGCGACUUCGCAGCUGUUGUCCUCGCCACGGGAGAAAUCCUAAUUCAUGGGGGAGGCGAUGGCGAAUUACAGACAACCUAUAGCGAUGGAUGGAUACUGAAUACCACCCAAAAUCCCAUGGUCUGGGAAGAAGUGCAGUCUCUUCAGCAACUUGGCGCUCGCAAGGACCAUCUAGCAGUACAGUGUAAUGGUCAAGUGCUCUUUGCCUUUGGUUACGGAACUUCUGCACCUGCGUCUGCCACUAUGGAAAUAUACAAUCCUUCUAGCUCGUCCAUGGUCUCCUCUUACAGCCCGCCACCUGCGGGCUCGACUCCAGCCAUCAUUUCUCUCCCUGCACCUUCUCAAACUGGCCACUCUGGGUUAAGUGGGGGGAGUACAGGUGCAUCUUCAGCGGUGUAUCCAACGAGUACUGCCAGUGCUGGUUCCAGCUCUAGUAAAAAUAACAUAACCGCUGUCGCUCUAGGUACCACCUUCGGCAUCAUUGGGCUCAUUGCUGGUGGACUCGCAACUGUUUGGUAUAUCAAACGCUCGCGGGGACGUGGGAGGUUCCUCAUUCUUGGUGGUGACCAUGAGUACGACAGUACCGAAGGUGGUCCUGCUGAUUUCUUGUCCAUGGGUUCCGAGCGAAGGAGUUACGGAUUCCUAGGUGCACGCAUCAUCCCGCUGGCUGCAGCUGUCGCUCGUUUUAGGUUAAGCAAACAUUGUUCCCCAAUGCCACAUCACCCGCGCCGCGACAUGUUUGCCGACGAAGAUACGCGACAAUUCGGGUGGGGCAGUCCUCCGGAUAUGUUACGCAGGGAAGGCAGUGGCGGAACUGGCUCAUGGUCCAUGCGCUCGAUGGGUGCAAUGGUGCGCGGCAUGAUUUCCAGGGAGUCCAGUGCAGGCAAUAGCGGCCGAGGCUGGGAUGAUUGGGAAAAAAUUGAAGGUGAUCACGAGGGCCUGAUGAAUGAGGGAAAUAACUCGUACAACGGGAUACCCAACAGUGGACAUUCCCAUGACCGAGGUGGUAGCUCAGGGUCGUACAUAGAUCCAUUCUCAGAUCCUGUGCCACAUGACGGAAAGUACGACUCGCAUCAGCCAGACCAUGGAGCACUCAAGCCUGAUGGCGAGUAUGACAACAUUAAUGUUGAUGCUGCAAGCCGAGACUCGCCUCCCCUUCGCCCACUGAGGACCCAUCUACCUUUCUCCGCACCCAUUUCCACCCUCAGUCCUUUACAUGAGGUCGCGUCCGACUCAACCAAUACCAUAGCAUCAUUCCCCAGCCCGUCACAAGAUAAUUCGUCCUCCAACGGCAACUCUUCCAGCAACGCUUAUGCCUCCCAACCAAGCUUUUCCUCGCAGCCGCCUUGUAGUCCUGUGACCGCCUCCACAUUGCAUUCCUCUGCUCCUACCAUUGCACCCUCACGACGCCACUCAUCUAUCCUCGACUCGUAUUCACCUCCUUCGACCCCCAUUCGUCGAUCAGACAGCUGGUGGGGGCGAUUUAUGAAGACAUCUCUACUUGAUCGACAAAAUUCUACCGGUCAGAAGCCAUUAGAUUUACGGGACCCUAACCCAGCUCCGCGACUCAUGUCGAUCAACGAAUCGAAUGCUUCCCGGGACUCUCUAGAGUCCGAACAUGAGCAAUCAAUCAAACAUAUUCGCCUGAUCUCUCCAUCUGUCUAUAGUGGCCGGACAGCGAAUACUGAGGUUGCAGAGCGGCUAGGUGGAAGCUAUGAUGUCGUACAGCGAAUUGCUUCGGACGGAUCUACGUCACAUCGAACAGCUUCGAUUGGUUCUAUUAGUGCAAAUGAGCACGGACUAUUGGGUGGCUUAUCAUCCGAUCAAACCAGGCUUACCUCUUCCCGACCUAUAUCUCCGGCAUCAUGUCCCUCUUCUUCCUCAAAAGAGCCUUCGAGGACUGGACCCACUACACAUGAUUCUCGGUUCACCAGGGCCGCAGGUCAUGCUGUGACGUCCAGGGUUCAGGAAAUGGAACGGCAGAUGACGAACAAUCUGGUGGCGGAAGGUUCUACACCUCCGCGGAAUACUCGCAAGCGAGAAGAAGUGCCUUCCCGUACCCGUCCAAGCAUUCAGUAUGGUCUAGCUCCACGAGCAUCGUUGUAUGUUGCCAACCCUGACAAGCAGUGUGCCUAA